UACCUUUCUAAUUUUAUGAGCAAUAAUCAGUACAACAAUAAAAAGUUAGCUCCCUUUAAAAAAUAGAGAGAUGCUCUAAAGGAAGAAUAUAAAAAAUUUCAAUAAGAAUAAAUGGAAGAAGAAAAAUUGAACGACUUUUAUUUUGAUGAAAUAGGUAGAGUAGAAAAAGUAUUUAAUGAAAUAUCUUUUAGGAGUAUGAAUCUUUAAUUAAAUCUAUUGAAGAAUACAGUAAACAUAAUAAGACAUUAAAAACCAUUCGUUAAACUGAUCAAAACUAAGGUUUAGAUGAGACAAUAGAAAAAAAUGUGAUUUAAACAUUGAAUUUAUUUCUUCUUAACACUAGCAAAAAAGAAUAUUUAGAAAGCAUAUAAGAAGAAGAAAUAUCAAAGAAAUAGUUAUAAGUGGGAAAUCUAAUAAUGACUUAAAAUUAACAAAAAGAUGAAAAACAGAAAGAAUAGGAGAAUGAAAAAGUAAUACUCGAAGAUGGAUAUUAUUUAACUCUCAAAUAAGGGAACAGCUCUUUGCUUGUAAAAGUGCCAGGAACAGUACGUACAUUUAGAGAAUUAAAACAAAUUGUGAAAUCAUGUUGUAUGGCAUAGGAAUCAGAGAUUUUUUAUACAGAUUUAAUGGGAAAUGUGCUUUAACCUGAUAUGAAUAUUUUAGAUUAACUUUAUCCUCCAAUUUAUGAAUUAUUAAAAAACUAUUAACCUGCUAUAGGUAUAAAAAUAAUUAAAUAAAAAAAAACUAAAGAAGAUACUAAAUAAACAGAAGCCGAUUUUGGGUUUGAUAGAGGUAUCUAAGAAUUAAUGACAAAAUAGCUUAGACUAAAUAAGAGAGUAGAAAAGGCUAUAAAUUGGUCUAAAUAUAUGGAUUACUUAACAAGAUUUAAGUAUGUAUUGGAAUCUAUUUUAUUUGUAUCCCUUUUAAUUUUAUAUGCUAUUAUUGAAAUAAAUGAAAUAGAUUUUUUUACAAAUACUUAAUUACUACAAAGCUUAACCUUAAAUAUGGCAAUCUAAAAAUCAUAUAUCACUCCUGUAACUAAUAUUUCAGAAAUAAUAUCUUUUUCAAUCCCUAAUGGGUCUAAUAACAAUUUGAGUCCAACAUAUCCUCUAUAAUCUGGUUUACUAGUUUAAACUCUUGUUGGUAUAGUAAUUAUUUAAUCAUAUUUAGGAUGACAUCAACAAUUGCCAUAUAUUAAAUGAAAAUCAAAAGAAAGUAUUUAUUGAUUUAAAUUAAUCAUGUUUAUAGUUUGACAUAACUUAAACAAGCGAUUUAAAUAAAAAUUAUUCCAAAUCAAAUUUUGAUCCCAAAGUUUACAAUGAAUAAUUUGGAGGUUAUGUUUGGGAAUUUAAUUUGAGUUCAAGAUCAUCAUUUUAAGAAAGUUUUGAUUUAAUGAUGUCUGAAAAUUGGUUGUAAUUUAAUAUAAAAGAGUCUCAAUUUCUUUUGAAUUAUUAUAAUAGUCCUACAUAAAGAGUUAUAUAAAUUACUAUAACUACUCUUUAUUUAUUCAAUGAUGUAUCUUUUUAAUAUAAUUAAUAGCGUCUUCUAAAUUAUAAUAGUUUUAGAGCAGAGGCUUUUAACUUAAGCUAAAUAACAAAAUAAGUCCUAGUUAACAAAGAUAUCAUAUUUUAUUGCUCUAUCGUUCUAUUAAUAUCCUCUUUUUUUGGUAGAAAACAAAUAUAUAUAUUUAUUAGACUUUUUUGGUUUAUAUUUUUAAGGGACUAAAAACAAUUUGAUCGUGAUAUAUUUAUAAUAUAUGGAUUUGAUAAAUAGGAAAAAAAAAAUGGAAGCUAAAAAGAAGGAAAUUAGUGAAAGUGAUUAAAAGGAAAUAUAAUAAAAAGAAUUGAUUGUAGGAGAAUAUAUAAUUAUUAAUUUAAAAGUAGUUUACAUAACAAUUAGAAUUCCUCUUGUUUUCGAUUAUAUUUGUAAUUAAAUAAUUUAAAUGUUAUAGAUAUUUUAUGCUAAUUCGGUAUGGUUAUGAAGAAUACAGUAGAUGCUUACUAUGAAGUUGCAUUAAGUGAAAUAGAUUUACAUUCAGAUUAAUAUUAGGAUACAAGUGCUUUGAUAGAACCAUUAUUUGUAACCAGAUUGUUUUCAGCAGUUUUGGUUAUAUUUUUGAUGAUUUCUAUAGUGAGAUUUAUGGGUAAUUGGAGUCCAUACUUAAAAUGUUAUGGAUUAGUUAUGAUAAGAGUAAUUGAUAUUAAUUCUAAUUUAUAAUAGUUUAAUAGAGAAUCUUGGUUUUUGCUACUUGUUUUGAUGUACAUAAUCAGUGUUUGUGCAAUGUCAUGGAUUGUUACCAUUUAAGCAAGACUUGUAAAUCAUGAUAAUUUCUUUUAUACAUUUUUGGGAUUGCUUAGAUGUACAUUGAGAUUUGGAUUGGAUAAUGAUAUUGAACAAUAAGGGUUUUAUAAUACUUAUGCUAAAGAAUUAAUUUACUCUUUUGAGACAAAAUAUGUAAAGCGAUUAAUUAAUAAUAUUAGUUACAAUAUAUUAUUAUAAUAACCAUCACAAUGAUUAUGAUUCCAAUAUUCAUAUCUCUAAUGACUGAUUUAGUCUAAAAUACUAAAGUUGAAGCUAAAUAAAAGAUGAUGGAAAUGAGAAAAUAAAAUUAAGAAUGA